GCACAACCCACCUACCCCUGCAGGAUGCCAGUGUGCGAGGCAGGGGCAUGUGGGAAGUCAUUGGUUGAUUUGUCCUCUCAUUUUUUGUAGGCUCACUUGAAAGGGAUUAAUUACACCUUAAUUAUUUAUGUUUCUUGUUCUGCAGACAAGGCAAGCCUUUACACCAGAGCAAAUAAAUGAAGCAUGUUAUGUUGACAUUAAUUCCAACAAGGCUGUCUUUGACAGUUUGAGGAAUAACCCAAAAGUGAACUAUGAUGGGAGGUGCUUCGCUUACAAGUCCAAACAUGCUCUGAAGGACAAGAAUCAACUACUCAUCCUAAUACGUAAAUUUCCAGAGGGCAUUGCUGUUAUUGAUCUCAAGGAUGCAUACCCAACUGUCAUGGAGGAUCUACAGGCUUUGAAAGCUGCUGGUCAAAUCUGGCUGUUGUCGAACUUCGACUCGCAAGAGGACAUAGCCUAUCCAAAUGACCCUCGAGUGCCAAUCAAGGUUGAUGACGACCUGAAACUGCUAUUCCGGGGAAUUGAACUACCACGUGAUAUGAUUGACAUUGAGAAGGAUCUUCAAAAGAACGGGAUGAAGCCCGCCACAAACACUGCAAAAAUCUAGACUACACAUUAAUUUGUCAUUAGCAUGAUCCGUUGAAAAAUAAUGGUGGAUCUUAUUAUUUUAUAGAUAUGAUAGGUCCUAUAUUUAUACAUAUGGUUCGUACGUAGGAGG